GCGACCUUGGCGGAAGGUCAAUGGGGGCGAAUACUUCGAAUACACUUGAUCAGUCCGAGGUUGAGGAAAUUGCACAAGAAACUGGAUUUUCUCCAAAACAAAUUUAUCGAUUGUACAAUAGAUAUUUGGCUUUGGACAAGACGAACGCCGGGUACUUGAGGCGUCAUGAUUUUCUAUUAAUUCCAGAAUUAGCCAUUAAUCCACUUGGCGAUCGAAUCGUGAAUGAAUUUUUUAAAGAUAGUCAAGGUGAAUUGAAUUUUCGUCAAUUUGUACGUAAACUAGCAAGAUUUCGUAAAGUUCGACCACAACAAUCUACUCAAUUUAAUAAUCGUGAUGCAAAAUUACGCUUUCUAUUCGGUAUGUAUGAUUUGGAUAUGGAUGGUAAAAUAUCAAGAAAUGAAUUAUUGGGAAUGUUACAAAUGAUGGUCGGUGCUAAUAUUACUGUUGAACAGAUCAAUAAUAUCGGUGAACGAACAAUGGCUGAAGCGGAUCUUGAUGGUGAUUGCUAUAUAUCGUAUGCAGAAUUUGUACAAUAGUUCCAAUUCUUGCUGUAGUCAAUACAUCUAACUUGAAAAAAAGCUAGAAAUUUCCAUUGUAUCCAUCGUCGCUGACAAGGCAAUAUCGAGGCAAUCCUCACAGGAUGCACAUAUGCCAAUAAGAGACUAAUCAAUUGCAGUCCUAAACACUAAUGGGGAGAUUCAAACAAACAAUACACAAUGAAUUAAAUUUGAUCUCAUUUCACAAGCUAGUGGUUAUGUGGAGUCAGUAGCUAAGUGGAUAACUCGAUGGCGUUUGAAGCGAACAUUACUGGGUUCAAGUCUCGGAGUGAACAUCAACUCAGAGAUGCACGUAUAUCCAACUGAAGAGUUCCAAAUGAAACGGAACGUGCAUCCUGGAUUCCACUGCUAACCACCAUUCUCAGGUAUUGAAAUGAAAACAAAUGAAUUAUAUGACCAAGUAAAUUUUAAUAAGAUUACCAAAACAUAUUUUCACUGAUCGACAAAAUAUAUGCUCUGCUACGAUUAGGGCGUUAUACUUUACUGACUGAAUAGUUUUUAUUGAUUGGUCCUACAACAGAAUCAGUUGUCGAAUUAGAUUCUUCCGACCACUUAAUAAUAAGAAUCAAGAUCAAAUACGGAAAAGUAUCUAUCCCACUGAUUAGAUAGUGAUCUAAAAUUUUGAAAACAUUUCAUACAAAUAACUGAGAAUUUAGUUACUACUGGAUACUGUAGUAGGUUGACGAGAAGCUAAUUGAUUUCUAAAUUUAGGUAAAUCAAUAGUCCAUAGAAAUACACUAACUGCUGAACUAAACUGUUUCAGACAAUUCAAAGUACAUGAUCGGAACUGUAGGACAACAUGGUUGGUAAAAAAUUAGAAAAAAAACGACUGGAGGCUGAUUGCAUCUACACUUAUUCUUUAUCUUCCUGGUUUCUUCCUUUUUCAUUCGUAAAUCUCAUUCCUCUCUGUGUUUAGUCUUUAAUUUUAGUUAAUAUCAUUAUUAGUUACCCUAUUUCAAUUUUCACCCUGUCAAGAUUCUUUCUUACUGUAUUGAUAAAGACUGAUAAUAACUGAUGACGAUACACAUUAUCCCCAUAUCUUACACUUUUUAUCAUAGACUAUCCACUUAUAUGUAUUAAUUCAACUCAACACGUACUCCGCCUAAAGCUCUCCUGGGGCUACUUCCCGUUUCAAGCCUACAUAUAAGGGAAGGGUUGGGCAUCGGGUCGGCAAACCCAUCUCAUAGAAAACAAUCUUUCUAAAGGCAACACCAAUCAGAAUAAACAAAUUGAACCACUUAAACCCUGCCCUCAGAGUAGAAGGAAAAUUUAUCACGCCUCUUGUUGAAAGCCGAGAUUCUCCGGAAGUCAUGAGACUGAUACUGCUUUUGACAACUAGAGCAACAGUUAAUAUAACUUCAUGGAAUUUCCGGACCAUGUUGUAGACUGGGAGGAACAACCAAAUAGCUACGGAAAUGAGGAGAGACAACUUGGUGGUGCUCGGAAUAAGUGAAAUCCAUUGAACUCAAUCUGGACAGAAGAUAGAUUGGGGAGAAAUGCUGCUGUACUCAGGUCACUGAGAAGAAAGUGUCCUGCGCACUCAGGGAGUUGCUCUGAUGCUGUCCAAAGAGCCACGUAAAGCAGUUAUUGGAUAGGAAUCUCGUGGACCGAUGAUCAUUUAAAAAAAGAAGGAGGGAAUCACAAUGAAUAUCAUCCAAUGUUAUGCACCCACCAGUGAAUGCAACGACGACGGUAAAGAUCAAUUUUGUGAGAGGUUUCAGUCGAUCAGAGCGAAGUGUUCAGGAAAGGACUUGACCAUCCUGAUGGGAGACCUAAACGCCAAAGUCGGAAUUCACAACACCGGGUAUGAAGACAUCAUGGGAAGAGAUGGACUGACUGGGAGAAAGGAACGAGAAUAUUGACAGAUUUGCAAAUCUAUGUGCAUUCAACAAAAUGAUUAUAGGUCGCAUAAUAUCUCCACACGAACGCAUACAUAAAUCUACAUGGGUCUCAUCGGACCACAGUAUGGCGAACCAGAUAGAUCAUAUUUGCAUCAAUAAAAACUUCAGAGAGAGAGAGAGCUGACAUCGCUUCGAAUCACCACCUGGUGGUUGCCAAGAUGAAGUUGAAGCUAAAGAAGCACUGAACAACUGGGAAACGGCAUUACGAAGGCUCAAUAAAGCCUUCCUUCGAGAUAUUGACAAACUCAACGAAUUAAAGAUAGCUCUCAACAACAGGUUCCAAGCCUUACAGGAUCUAUUGGAAGAAGAUGAAACCACUACGAAGGACAACUGGAAAGGGAUCGAAGAAGCAUUAACUUCAACAUGUCAGGAGGUUCUUGAACUCAAAAAGCAUCAACAGAAGUAACGAAUCUCUUUGGGAACCCUGGAUAAGAUUCAAGAAAGAAAGAACAAGAAGAUAGCAGUUAACAACAACCGAACAAGAACAGAGAAACUCGAGACACAAGGUGAAUACAUAGAAGCGAACAUUCAAGUGACGAAGAGCAUUAGAGUUGACAAGUAGAAAUACGUGAAACAGCUAGCAACGACAGUGGAAAAAGCUUCAACAUGGUGAAAUAUCAGACAACUAUAUGAUGUAAUGAAGAAACUGGUAGAGUAAACCAGAGAGACCGGCCAAGAACAAAGAAGGGAAGCCGAUUAAUGAGAUUCAAGAACACAGGAAAAGAUGGGUAGAACAAUUUGAGGAACUACUGAAUAUGAAUGCUUCAUUGAAUCCACCGGAAAUCGAAGCAAUACACACAGACCAUACUAUAGAUCUCACUCCAUCAAUGAUAAAAAAAUCAGGAUGGUCAUCAGACAUAUCAAGAGUGGGUAAGCAGUAGCACCUGGCAAUAAACCAGCCGAAGUCAUACAUAGAGGCAACUGAAAAGGUGCUCUGCGUUCUAUUCAGGAAGAUUUGGGAGGAAGAACAAAUGCAACAGACAGACUGUAAAGAAGGAUCGUAAGGAAGGAUACCUCAUCAAGAUAAAAAAGUCAGAUCUGAUCGGCAGCCUAUGUUCGAUUGGGAGUAACAGGCGUAAGUAAUUAAGUAAGAAUCUAUAAUAUAUGACUUAAAACAUUAUGUUUGAUUCACUUGCAAAACAGUAGCUCGGUCGUUCAGAUUUUUCAUUCAAAGUCAAAUCGCUAAUAGUUAAACUGAAAUCUAUCUUACCUGUUGACUACUUCCAACCACCAUUUUAUCUUACUAUAGUGCAUGCAAUGUCGAGUCACCUAGACUAGUGGACACAUUGCAACUUGGUCUAUAGGAUUCGAUCUACAUUAAAAAGGACCUAACACAUAUGACAUUGAUCACCAACUAGUGAUCAAGCAACUAUCAAUUUUACCAACUCUUUACUUUAGUCAACAUUCGGUAGCGACUAUUUUUUAAUCAUCAUUUCAUAAUAGAUGUGCUUCACUGUUUCAUAAAUUAAUUGAUUCUUGACUUAAUUUACUGGAAUUAAUCCAAUAAAAAUAUUAGUCUUUACAUUUCAAUACAACUAUAAAGUCAACAAACGAAUCAAAUGAGAAGAGAUUUAUAGUAAAUACGUAGAUAAUAACACGACAAGUGUCAAUAAUAAGCAGUACACUUCAACGUUGGCAAAACAAGCUACUAGUCAUUAGUAGAGAAAUUCUCAUAGUUAAAUUCUGUUUGAAGUGUGUUCAUGUGAUGUUACCUGAAUAGACUUGGCUUUUGCCAAUUUACGUCACAUAUGGUGAAGGCAAAACAUCCGUCUAUCAAUUAAAGGAUGAGAAUAAUGCACAGCAGUUCAUUCUGUUCUAGUUUACGGUUGCAUAACAUGAGCAUUAAGAAUAGAGGAUACUCGUAACUUACUAUUAUUUGAUCACAUAUGCCUUAGAAGUAUUGCUCGCAUCUUAUGGAAUCACCGCGUAAGUAAUAGUGAGGUUAGACGCAGGGUAUUAGGGAAUGAUAGUAAUUCAGUUGAUGAGAUUUUAAAUCUUCAUCGACUGAGAUGUUUGGGCCAUGUGUCAUAUAUACGUGAACUCCGAUUACCACGACGCACAAUGCUAACUGAUAUUGAGGAUGGUUGUAAGAAAGUUAGGAGUGGCUCAAUCAAAAUAUGUCAUCAUUUAAGGAAGUCACUAACUUUUAGUGUGAGCCCUAUUGGGGUCCGUAUGACUGUCAUAAUCAGUGGUUGGGGACUGUGUGUGACAUGACUCAGAAUCGAUCACAAUGGCGUCCUCCCUUAAACUAUGAGAUUAAAAUUGUUUUAUAUCUUUCUUUCUACAAACUAAUUCUUUCUUCCUGUACUAUAUGCUUAUAUGCAAUCUUUCUUUUAUGUAUUACCACCAUUGAAUUAACUACUAUAAAUUCAGUGUUCAUGUUGUUGGGCUAAUGAAUUAUGGCAACUUGAAUCGAUGCCAUAUAUCUGUGCCGGAUCCUACGUUGUAACUAACUAAUUGACUAAGAUGUUUCCAAAUGGAUAACCAUUUAAUUGAUAAAUUAAAAAAUAACCCUAU